AUGCAUAUUACGGAAGGAUAUGGAUUCAGUGAAACACAACCAGGAUAUAGAUGUACCUCCAGAAGUAAAUAUAGUGAUAUAGAAUCAACACCAAGCGUCGGAAUUACAAGUUUAUAUCAGAGACUUUUUUCAAAUACAAAAACUAGAUUUUCUGCAAAAGCCGUCGUUGGGGUCGCCAUUUCGGAAUUGGCAACACUUUGCACCAUCAACUGUACCGCAGCACGCACUCGUAAAAUUGCUGAGGCUACAUGGAGAAUUUAG